AUCUUCUGGACAGAAUCUAUCCCUUCUCUCUCUCUCUCUCUCUCUAUAUAUAUAUACACGCUCCUCCUCUGUUUCUCACUCGAACCACAUCUCUCUCUCUCUCUCUCUCUCUCUCUCCGGCAGUCGUUCUCUCAGUCUCAGAUUCGUUCAGAAGAAAAGAAGGAGAAGAUGGGUCUGGUGGUGGUGAUCUCGCUGCCGCUGAUCCUGUUCUGCUUGCUGCUCGGCUUCGGGUGCUACUUCUUCGGACGAGCCCGGGGGAGGCAAGACAUCCGCACCAACCCCCAGGUGUACGGCACCCCGACCCCGCCCCCCGGCACUUUUGCUUCGCCGCCGCCGCCGUUCCCGCACUUCAAGCCGCCCCACCCCGACGAAAACGUCUGAACGCUCUCGACUCCUCCAUCCUAAGACAGAGCUCGUCUUGUGAAUUUCUCUUCGAAGUGGGGUUGCUUUUCUUUUUGCCUGAUUUUUUUGUAUUAUAUCGACAGCAUUUCCUUAUGAAAUUCUUUGUUGGGUAUAUAAGGGGCGGUUUGAGAUUGAGAUUGGUGUAUGAUAAGCAAGGAGCAUGUCGAGUGAGGUCGUGUGCUUGUGGAUUUGUGAUGUGAAAGUAUUAAACCUUGUGGAAACUACCAAGUGGGAAUAAAUUCAUCUUUAGAUUUGAAUUGGGUUAGGAAAUUGAAGGGUUUUCCAGCUUGAUUGAUUC